CGUGUCUCUGCCUUCACGCGUCUGUCAGCUCAGUUCUGCAUCUGCACAGUUAAUUUAUCCAGGUGCAGUUUCUAUAAUGUCUUCUGUUGAAGAAAUGUCCAACUCCGUGGCGGAGAAUUUGGAGGAGGACGGAGUGGAAGAGGAGAACACUGUAGAGGAGCCUGUUAAAGGAGGUUAUAUCUUCUACCGGGACAGAAAAGAGUGGGCCGAUCUAGAACCCGUUCUUCAAGAUGAUGGACCAAACCCUGUCGUGAAAAUAGCUUAUUCAGAGAAAUUCACAGACGUGUUUGACAUGUUCAGAGCGCUUCUGAAGAACGAUGAGAAGAGUGAGAGAGCGUUUGCAUUGACCGCUGAAGCCAUCGACCUCAAUGCUGCAAAUUACACAGUAUGGCACUACAGGAGAGUUUUACUGCAGGCUCUAGAUAAAGACCUGAGAGAAGAGAUGAAGUAUAUCACAGCCAUCAUUGAGGAUCAGCCCAAGAACUACCAAGUCUGGCAUCACAGGCGGAUGGUGGUGGAGUGGCUGAACGAGCCGUCUGAAGAGCUGCAGUUUGUAGCAGAAAUUCUUAGUCAAGAUGCCAAGAACUACCACGCGUGGCAGCACAGACAGUGGGUCAUGCAGGAGUAUAAACUGUGGGAUGGAGAGCUGGAGUAUGUGGAGGAACUAUUAGAGGAGGACGUGAGGAAUAACUCUGCCUGGAAUCAGAGACACUUUGUCAUUAAUCACACCAGUGGAUACUCCGACUCAUCCAUCCUCGACAGAGAAGUGCAGUACACCCUGAAACAAAUAAAGAAAGCUCCUCACAACGAGAGCGCUUGGAACUAUUUAAAUGGGAUCCUACAGGAUGGUGGGCUGUCCUCGUAUCCUGGACUGCUGGAACAGGUGACGGAGCUUCGGGACACAUGCAGUUCUCCAUAUCUCACCGCCUUCCUGGUCGACCUCUACGAAGAUGCUCUGGAGACCAACAGCUCCAGCUACGACCAGCAAGAGAUGCUCAACAAGGCUUUGGAGGUGAGCU